CCUAAAGAAGUGAACCAUGUACACUGCAUUGCCUUGUAAUACAAGAUUCACCAUAUGCAUGAUAUAUCUCCCACCUUCACCAUCAUCAAUCUCCUAGUUAUCAGCCAUUAAUUGUUAAUCCACAAGGUUUUUUUUUUACAGAGACAAUGGAGUUUUUCUUCUUUGCCUCUCUUAUUCACAUUACACUCAUCUUUAUCUCAUUAUCUUCCAUCUAUCUUCUUUUUUACAAAAUCAAAAACCCCUCAGAUGCUCAUAAUAAGCAGAUUCAUCCACCAGGAACAAAAGGCUGGCCGUUCUUCGGAGAAAGUUUCGAAUACAUGAAGCGUUGCAGACGAGGAAACCCUGAGAAAUUCAUCAAUGACAGAGUAGAAAAGUACUCGCCGGACGUCUUUCAGACGUCAUUACUAGGAGAAAACAUGGCUGUAUUUUGUGGUGCCUUGGGUAACAAGUUACUCUUCACAAGUGAAAACAAAUACGUAGUUGCUUGGUGGCCACGUUCCGUCCUGAAAGCUAUGCUCUUUCAGGAAUCUCAAGAAGAACAUUCUGUGAAAAAAUACUCGACAAGAUUCCGUCGAUUACUACCCGAAUUUCUAAAACCCGAAGCCCUACAACAUCUCAUUCCUGUAAUGGAUUCAAUGGCAAAACAACAUCUGAAAACAGAUUGGUUUCCUUAUAAAGAAGUAAAAGCCUUCCCACUUUCAAGAAAAUACACAUUUACAUUAGCUUGUAGAGUGUUCAUGAGCAUCGAAAACCCCGAUCAAGUUACUCAAUUUUCCGAUCCAUUUAGUCUUGUAACUUCCGGGAUGCUUUCAGUCCCCAUUAAUUUCCCCGGAACAGCUUAUAAUCGAGCCAUUAAAGCGAGUAAAAUCAUUCUUAACGAGCUUUUGGCGAUUAUCAAGAACAGAAAAAUGGAGCUUCUGGAAAAGAAAGAUAUGCGAACGGAUUUGUUGACACGGAUGCUGCUUGUAGAAGAUGAUGAGUUUGGAAAGCUGUUUACAGAGAGAGAGAUAGCUAAUCAUAUAUUGGCGGUACUUAUUGCUAGCCAUGAUACUAUAAGUACUACAAUUACAUUUGCUAUUAUGUUUCUCGCUCAACAUCCCCAUGUCUAUAGUGAAGUCUUCAAAGAGCAAAUGGAGAUUGCAGGGUCGAAAGGGCCAGAUGAAUUGUUGAAUUGGGAAGACAUUCAGAAAAUGAAAUAUUCAUGGUGUGUAGCUUGUGAGACAAUGAGACUAAUGCCCCCAUCUCAAGGAGCAUUCAGAGAGGCCAUAACUGACUUCACUUAUGCAGGUUUUACAAUUCCAAAGGGCUGGAAGACUCACUGGACAGUGCAUUCAACUCAUAAAAAUCCAAAAUACUUUGAAGAUCCAGAAAAGUUCGACCCGAGCAGAUUUGAAGGAAACGGACCAGCCCCCUACACUUUUGUACCAUUUGGAGGAGGACCUUUGAUGUGUCCAGGAAAAGAAUAUGCUCGACUGGAGAUUCUUAUUUUCAUGCAUAAUGUGGUCACCAAAUUCAAGUGGAAGAAACUGAUUCCAAAUGAAAAAAUCAUUUAUGAUCCUUCUCCAGUUCCAGUCCAUGGAUUGCCAAUUCUGCUUGAACCUCUUUAGAACUCCAUUGCUUUCUUUAUGUUAUAUUUUGUAGAAUUUCUUGCAUGCAAAUAAAUUCUCAACUUGUAAGAAAAUGCUUCAUCUUUUUUGCGUUAAUACAAGUGGUUUGGUGAGGAGGUCAGCCAGCUGAUCUGUUGUACUGAUA